UACUCUGAUCUGUGUUUUAAGGAGUCGUUGACAGCUUGUUCGGUGUAGCUAGCUACAUGGUCUUAUUUUGUCUGGAUUAUAAUGUCUUUAACUACAAAAUUUUUAAAACUUGUGGUGGCGCUUGGUGUACUGGCGUUAGCAAUACAAUACUUAAAAUAUUGGAUGGCAAAUAAAAAGUAUGUCUUUACAAAGGAAGAUGUUGCUCUUCUGGCCAAGCAGUACGCAGGGCUGGACCAUGAACAGGCAUUCUCCAAAGUUGUGGUUGAGCUGCGGAAGCGAUACCCAGGCCAUAUCUUGCCUGAUGAAGACCUACAGUGGGUGUUUGUAAAUGCUGGUGGAUGGAUGGGCUCCAUGUGUCUACUCCAUGCUUCUCUCUCAGAGUAUGUGCUGCUGUUUGGAACUGCGGUGGACACUGGCGGACAUUCAGGUCGAUACUGGGCAGAAAUAUCAGACACCAUUAUCUCUGGAACCUUUAGACAGUGGAAGGAGGGAACAACUAAGAGUGAAUUAUACUACCCAGGUGACACGAUAGUGCAUGCGGUUGGAGAGGCUACAUCAGUGCAGUGGACUGCAGGCACAUGGAUGGUGGAAUAUGGCAGAGGUUUUAUACCCUCCACUCUGGGCUUUGCUCUGGCUGACACAGUGUUCAGCACUCAAGACUUUGUGACACUCUUCUACACUGUGCAGGUUUACCUGAAGGGAAUGCUGCUGGAGGCCAAUACUUUCCUCACAGAAGCUGGAGUUUUCUGAGCACCAGUCCAAUCCCCACUGGCAUAUUUUCCAGUGAAAUAUUCUGCGAGGUAUCUGAGCCACAUUACCAAAUGGUGGAUAAGCAAUUUGUUUGUUGAUAGACAUUUGAGAACUCACAUGCUGUGAUGAUGGAUCUUACCAGUGUAAAGCACUUGGCUUCUACUUUGCCAACACUGAAAUGAGAUAUUUCUCCGCUGUGUUUAAUGGAGGCAAGCAAAAGUUCUUUGUUAUGCAUUUCAAGCUCUUGCAGACCAGCAUUAAAAAUCACAGCUACAGAAUACUUUCUAAUGAAGUACCAACCUCUGUGACAAACUAGUAUCUAUGUGCACCCUCUCAUUCUGAGGUGAAACGCUGGUGACUUGAAUAACACUAUGACUAAACUACAGCACAACUAAAACAAGGUAUAAAUUUGGUGUAUGUUUGUGUGUGUGGUUACACAGAAAUGCUACUCCAGCUGCAGUGCUCAGUGCUCAUCUCUGCACCUUAAUUCACAUUGAAUAUGAAUACUGUUCUGUAUUUUUUUUUUUUUUUCAAUUGGUCCAAAAAUCUGCUCAGUAACUGUUAAAGUGAAAAUGUUUUCUCCUUUUUUGUGUUUUAUUUUUCUCAAUUCAGUAGUUUCUUUAUGGCUAGCAAAGCAUCAUCCAGUACUGUCACAAAAAGCCUCUGGAUUUGUUUAUAUCAAAGUCCUGCAUUCAUCAGGUAUUGGAAUGGUCUCGUGAAAAGUCUUCGUAUUAAAAUCUGAUAUCUUG